GGCUCCGCCCAGGGAGCCCCCGCCCAGCCCGACCGAUCUCGCCCCGCCUUCAUCAAGCCGCAGGGUCCCUGCCGGCCGCGCCGCGGGGCAGCUCCUCCUCUUCUCCGCCCCGCCGGCUGCGGGCUCUGGGGACGUCAGCGCUGCCAGCGUGGAAACCGCUUCGGGCCGCGAGAGGCGGAAGUAGAGCCCGGCGCCGCGGCUAUUUCGCUGGACGCCUCAGCCAUGGACGCGUCUCUGGAGAAGAUAUCAGACCUUACAUUAGCUGAAAUGGGAAAAAACUUGAAGGAGGCAAUGCGGAUGCUAGAGAACAGUCAGAGAAGAAUAGAGGAGGAAAAUGGAAAGAAGCCAGUAUCAGAAGAUAUUCCAGGGCCACUCCAGGGCAGUGGACAAGAUAUGGUGAGCAUCCUCCAGUUAGUUCAAAAUCUGAUGCACGGAGAUGAAGAUGAGGAGCCUCAGAGCACCCGAAUCCAGAAUAUUGGAGAACAAGGUCAUAUGGCUUUGUUGGGUCAUAGUCUGGGUGCUUAUAUUUCAACUCUGGACAAAGAGAAGUUGAGAAAACUUACAACCAGGAUACUUUCAGACACUACUUUAUGGCUACGCCGGAUUUUCAGGUAUGAAAAUGGAUGUGCUUAUUUCCAUGAAGAAGAGAGGGAAGGACUUGCUAAGAUCUGUAGGCUUGCCAUUCAUUCUCGCUAUGAAGACUUUGUAGUGGAUGGAUUUGACGUGUUAUAUAACAAAAAGCCUGUCAUAUAUCUUAGUGCUGCUGCUAGACCUGGCCUGGGCCAAUACCUUUGUAAUCAGCUGGGCUUACCCCUGCCCUGCUUGUGUCGUGUGCCCUGUAACACUAUGUUUGGAUCCCAGCAUCAGAUGGACAUUGCCUUUCUUGAGAAACUGAUCAAAGAUGACAUAGAAAAAGGAAGACUGCCCUUGCUGCUUGUUGCAAGUGCUGGGACUGCAGCUGUUGGACAUACGGACAAGAUUGGACGUUUGAAGGAGCUCUGUGAGCAGUAUAACAUCUGGCUUCAUGUGGAAGGUGUGAAUCUGGCAACAUUGGCUCUAGGUUAUGUCUCCUCGUCUGUGCUGGCUGCAACCAAAUGUGACAGCAUGACACUGACUCCUGGCCCGUGGCUAGGUUUGCCAGCUGUUCCUGCAGUGACACUCUACAAACAUGAUGAUCCUGCCUUGGCUCUAGUAGCUGGUCUUACAUCAAAUAAGCCUGCAGACAAACUUCGUGCCCUGCCGCUGUGGUUGUCUUUACAAUACUUGGGACUUGAUGGCGUUGUAGAAAGAAUAAAGCACGCCUGUCAGCUGAGUCAGCAGUUGCAAGAAGGUUUGAAGAAAGUGGACCACAUCAAAAUCUUGGUGGAAGAUGAGCUCAGUUCUCCAGUAGUGGUGUUCAGAUUUUUUCAGGAAUUGCCAGGUUCAGAUCAAGCCUUUAAAGCUGCCCCAGUAUCCAACGUGGCACCUGCAGCUGUUGGCCGGGAGAGAGACUCCUGUGAUCCACUGAACCAAUGGCUAGGCGAACAACUGAAACAGUUGGUGCCUAUGUGUGGCCUCACUGUCAUGGACUUGGAGGUAGAUGGCACAUGUUUGCGGUUCAGCCCUUUGAUGACAGCAGCAGUGUUAGGAACUCGAGGAGAGGAUGUGGAUCAACUCAUCAACUGUAUUCAAAGCAAACUGCCAGUUCUGACCUGUACACUACAGCUUCGAGAAGAGUUCAGGCAGGAGGUAGAGGGGGCAGCAAGCCUCCUCUAUGUUGAUGACCCCAACUGGCCUGGAAUCGGAGUUGUCAGGUAUGAGCACGCUAAUGAUGAUAACAGCAGUUUGAAAUCUGAUCCAGAGGGAGAGAAAAUACACACUGGACUUCUGAAAAAGUUAAAUGAAUUGGAAUCUGACCUCAUAUUUAAAAUGGGUCCUGAGUACAAAAGCAUGAAGAGCUGCAUUUACAUUGGCAUGGCAAGUGAUGAUGUGGAUGUUUCUGAACUAGUGGAGACCAUUGCAGUCACAGCCCGGGAAAUUGAGGAAAACUCAAGGCUUCUAGAGAACAUGACAGAAGUAGUUCGGAAGGGAAUUCAGGAGGCCCAGGUUCAACUACAGAAGGCAAAUGAGGAACGACUUCUGGAAGAGGGAGUGUUGCGGCAGAUCCCUGUAGUAGGGUCCGUGCUGAAUUGGUUUUCUCCAGUCCAAGCUUCACAAAAGGGAAGAAGUUUUAACUUAACAGCAGGCUCUCUGGAGUCCACAGAAUACACUUAUGUCCACAAAGUACAAGGAACGGGAGUAACACCGCCUCCCACACCCUCCGGCACUCGAAGCAGACAGAGACUUCCAGUUCAUCUUGUCUCUCUAGGCCAGAAGCCGUUUAAAAGGUCCCUAAGAGGCUCAGAUGCUAUGAGUGAGACCAGCUCAGUCAGCCACAUUGAAGACCUCGAAAAGGUGGAACAGCUGUCUAGUGGGCUAGAACACAGCAACCUAGAGGCCCACAGCCCUGAGCAGGCCCCCAGGGCUCCUGCCCCCACAGCCAGACAGACUGAAGCCCUGCAGAAGGCCCAGCAUCUGGAAGAUGACCACCCACAGGUCUGUAGUGCUGUCAAGUUGUGGUAGAUGCCUGCCUUACUGGUUGGCAUCAGAAAUUGGGUUUCAGUAGGACCUGAGUUAGAGUAUCAGAAUCCUCUGUUGCCAUCCACUGCUGCUUUUCCUGAAGCCUAAGUAAGGACUGUGUACACAGGAGCUGUGGCACAUUUUCUCCUUUAUACAUUCUUUGUAACAAAUUUAAGUACUCAUUGGUUAAUAGUAACUAUCUCUUCCUGAUCAUAUUUAAGUAUAUUUUUAAACACUGGUAAUGCUUUUAAGUUGGCGCCCAGUGUGCCCUGUACUUGGGUCUAUUUAGGACAGAAAGCCCUCAGGAGGCCACCAUGAAGAGCAUAAUAUUGUCUCCUGUGCCGCACAGUAAAGGCUGAAGCCAGCAAGCCUUGGAUCUGCUUUUCAUGAUGUGGCUGCAGCUUCACUUCCACUCACCCUGGGCCCAGCUCAAGACCAGAGAAGUUGCCUCUUGUAGGCUAACAAGUCAGAGCUAGCUGCCUAAUUCUCAUCCAUUUCUUUUCCCCAGGUACUGCAUCCCUGCAGUAGCCUAAGAUGCCCCACCCCGUGCCUUUUUAUCCCUAAAAGUCAAAGCAAUGGAAGAUGCUAAGAUGGUGGGUCUGUGGACUGUAGUGUUGGAAGCCUUAGUUAUACCACAUUAAGCCUAUAAUUAUACUGAUUUGUUGUGAUUUUUUUGACAGUUGCCACUUGUCAAAAUGCAAUCUUUCCAAUUUUUGGGUGCGAAUGAUUAAAUACAGUCUUCCCUGUUUAUUUGAUGGCAAUGAAGUAUAGUAGGUGGCAUGGGAAGGGGGUAAGUUAUCACCUUUAACAGAUUGAUUUUUAAAUGUUUUUAUACAUUUGGAAUUGCUACCUGGUUUUGCUGAAAUAGAAUUUUACUUGAGACACUAUCUGAUGUUGGCUUAAAUAAAGGCUCUUGAAAUUGC